UCUCCAAGCCCAAGUACAACAGAAACUCCCCCAGCUCAACCACUGUUUUCUGUUAACCGUUACCCAUCAUAGAAUCUUCCCUUAAACUCCACCAAAAAAACCCAUUCCUCUCAAAAUCUUUUCACAUUCCUUUCCACCAAUUUUCCACUCUCAAAUCCAUGAAAACCGCCAAGAAAACCACUUGCAAUUGCAACCCCUUUGAUUUUCUCACUGAAGAGAUCAUCUUUACAAUCCUUGACUAUCUUAACGAUGACCCUUUUGCUAAAAAGUCAUUUUCUUUAACCUGCAAAGCCUUUUACUCCAUUGAAUCUCACCAUAGAAAGGCCCUUAAGCCACUUAGAGCUGAGCUUUUAUCAAGAACCCUUCAUAGGUACCUUCAUAUUGAACAUCUUGAUCUAACUGUUUGCCCUCGCAUUGAAGACAGCAUGUUAAAUGUUGUUUCAUUGGUAUGUAAGGAUGCUUUGUGUUCCAUAAACCUGUCAAGAUCAAGGUUUUUUACUAAUAUUGGAUUGUCAAGUUUGGUUUCAAAUUGUUUCAAUUUGGUUGAGAUUGAUUUGUCAAAUGGGGUAGAGUUGAAUGACAUGGCUGCUGCUGCAAUUUCUGAGGCUAAGAAUUUGGAGAAGUUGUGGCUGGCCAGAUGUAAGUUGAUUACUGAUCUGGGGAUUGGGUGUGUUGCUGUUGGCUGUAGAAAGUUGAGGUUGAUUAGCUUGAAAUGGUGUUUGAAGAUUAGUGAUCUUGGUGUGCAGUUGCUUGCUUUGAAAUGUAAGGAGAUUAGGAGUCUGGAUCUCUCUUACCUACAGAUUACAGAGAAAUGUCUUCCAUCUAUUUUGCAAUUGCAGCAUCUUGAAGAUCUAGUUCUUGAGGGAUGCCUUGGUAUUAAUGAUGAUGGCCUCUCUACUCUCCAACAGAGUUGCAAGUCACUCAAGACACUUAAUAUGUCCAACUGUCAUAAUCACAGUCAUGUGGGUUUGUCGUCUCUGAUAAAUGGUGCUGAAAAUCUACGAGAACUUACUUUAGCUUAUGGCCCUUCUGUAACUGCAGAUCUGGCAAAAUGUUUGCUUAACUUUUCAGGGUUGCAUUCUGUUAAGUUUGAUGGCUGUUUGGUUAAAUGUUUCGGUAUUAGAGCCAUUGGAAGUUGGCCUAACUCACUCAAGGAAUUGAGCUUCAGUAAGUGCUCAGGGGUCACAGAUGACAGUCUAUCCUUCUUAGUGCAACAACACAAAGAAUUGAGGAAGUUAGAUAUCACAUGCUGUCGCAUGAUAAUGUAUGACUCUGUAGACAACAUAACAAGCUCAUGCCGUUCUCUCACUUCCCUCAGAAUGGAGUCCUGUAGCCUGGUUCCCAAAGAAGCAUUUGUCUUGUUUGGACAGCGUUGUCAACUUAUGGAGGAAUUAGAUGUCACAGAUACCAAAAUUGAUGACGAAGGUUUGAAGUCCAUCUCAAGAUGUUCCAAACUUUCAAGUUUAAAGUUGGGCAUUUGCAUGAACAUAACCGACAAUGGACUAAAACAUAUUGCAAGCAGAUGUUCAAGGCUAAAAGAGCUUGAUUUGUAUCGGUCAUUGGGAAUAAGUGAUGAGGGCAUUGCAGCAGUUACUUUUGGAUGUCCUGAUCUGGAGGUCAUUAACAUAGCUUACAAUGAUAAAGUUACAGAUGCUUCAUUAAUAUCAUUAUCAAGAUGUUCAAGGUUAAGAGUGCUUGAGAUCAGAGGAUGUCCUCAUGUCUCAUCAAAAGUUAUAUCGGCUAUUGCUGUCCGAUGUAGGCAACUCAUGGUGCUGGACAUUAAGAAGUGCUUCAAUAUCAAUGAUAAUGCAAUGCUCUCACUUGCUCAGUUUUCCCAAAACCUCAAACAGAUAAACUUGUCGUAUUGUUCGGUAACAGAUGUUGGCCUUUUGGCACUAGCCAGCAUGAAUCGCCUUGAGAACAUAACUGUGUUACACUUGGGAGGAUUAACUCCAAAUGGCUUGGCAGCUGCUCUAUUAGCUUGUAGAGGAAUAACUAAAGUGAAGCUACAUGCUUCCUUCAAACCAUUAAUUCCUAAAUCCCUUCUCGAUUACAUCGAAGCCCAUGGCUGUGUAUUUCACUGGAGAGAUAAAGCAUUCCAGGUGGAGAUGGAUCCAAAGGGAUGGAAGUCACAUUUUUGGGAAAGUGCUGAAGCUCCCUAACCUGUGGACGAGAAUAUACUGUUCUUUUUGUGAAUGGAAAAGGCUAAUUUCGUGACAUUUUCGGCCAUGCAAUGCUCUCCUCCCUAGCCGCCUUGACAAGAAGAUACAAUCAAGCUUGGCUCCUCAUGGUUUGUGAAGGUAAGUCAUUGCUGGCUUCAAGCUUAGUCAAAUGAUAUCAUUUCAAACACCCAGCAGUCUUUUCAAGGAGUUGUAAAUUUUUUAUAAGAAUUUUAUUGCCUUGUUGAAGCUACCUAAGUCAUGUCAAAUGACACUCCACAACUCCCUCCAGCCAUUUAAUGCUAGGGAAGUAGCGAAUAUAGAGAAUUAUCUCGAGA